UAUUCGGUAACGUUAACCAUCGCUCAGUUUCACAUUAUAUAUUUGCCUAUCAAAAAGUACAUACGAUACGCUUACGCGGAAUCUUUGAACAAUGCGAAUCGUAAAUUUGAUUAAAAAAAUAAAACACGAGACGAACACCUAAUCUUUGGAAAUAACUUUACCCGAACCGCGAAAUGGAAGAUAUAAAUUUGCCAAAAAUAAAAUAAAAAAGACGUCAGAUGGUAAAAGUUGAAAACCAAAGUUGGAUGAAAACGAAGAUAUAAAAAAAAAAACGUUCAACAAAAAUGGGGUAGUGUCUUCGUCGUGUUGUAUCGACAGAAAAAAGAACUGCAAUGACUUUGUGUGUGAUGCACAUCAUGGUGUUGAUUUAGGGGAAUGUAAAUGCGAACGAUCGGAGAUGCGCGAUCUGAUGAAGAAUUGUUUGUGAUUAAUUAUUUAUUAGGGUGAAUAUCGCGGGGUGAAUCUCUACGCGUUGAAUGCACACGUGUUUCUCCACGUUUUCAUAAACACCGGGUGUGCAUAAACUGUAAUUCGGGAAUCACGUCGCACGAUGGGUUCGCACACGCACAGUGCGAGGUCAAUUUGUACGACGGGCAAUGUUUCCGGUGCAUUUUCGGCUCUUCAUCUCUUGAGAAGUUACAGUCUACUCGCUCCACCUCCAGAUCUCUGCAGAUACGAACAUUUCACUGCAGCAGGACGAGAUUACGGUUUCGGAGAACCGGAAAGACCUCGCGGAAUAUCUUCAGGAGAAAACCCGGUUUCUUCGUUAACUACAGCUUUCGCACUUCCAGCUGGUUUGCUACCACCACCUCUUCUCGCAGCAGUUCCAACGCCGUUCAUCCAAUCGAUAAACGUCGCUCAACCAAAUUCCGACGUCACACAUGGAACACUCGUUAGUCGUCAUUUCGUCAGUACAAACGGAGCAGGGAGCGCGGCUCUUCACAGGCGACAACGCGGUGAAAAAAAGCCGAUUCCCGAUGAACAAAAGGACGAGAAAUAUUACGAAAGAAGAAAACGCAACAACCAAGCCGCCAAGAAAUCGAGGGACGCGCGAAAGAUACGAGAAGAUCAUAUCGCACUCAGGGCAACGAUGUUAGAACAUGAGAACGCUAUUCUUAGGGCACAAGUUCUUACUUUACGGGAAGAGGCACAGUCUCUGCGACACAUGCUGAUUAAACAACAGACGCAGGGAAUUUCUCCGAUAAGUCCUAUCCCAGCGAUUACACCGAUCACCCGUAGUCCACAUUCACCGACUCAUCCUUCGACCAGUUUGCCUUGUCGAGUUUAAUUAUUACAUCGGAUUUUUCUAUGCUAGUGAUAAAUUGAACUAUAAAUGCAAUAAGACGCACAAAAUAAUCGAGGUUUCAAAAUGCGAGAACCCGCGACGGUGGAAUCAUUUAUCUGACAACGAAUCUUGAUUGGAUACAUGAUUAUCGAGUAUUAUAUUAACUUUGUAAAACGAGAUGAGGAGCGUUUUUUAAAAUACGUUAAAUAGUGUUUAUCUGCAGAGCUGUUAAAAGCGCAAAACUCAUAAUUCUUCUUUGGCACUCGCUCGCCGAUAUUUGUAGAGCAUGAUCUAAAGUUGCAGCUGCGUGUCCUAUGAAGUGCUUUAUGAACACUUAUACCUCCGUCCGAUGCACUAUUAUGAAUCAAACGCAAUUAUGUAAAAUAAAAUGUUAUAAAUACUUUGAGAUAUUGAAUAAAAUAAAUUAUAUAUACGUAGAUGACCAAGAUGGAGUAUAAUAUUUGGAUGAAAAAAUUUCUUGCGUAUAUCGUCAGAAGUCGCCCUUGAUCUUCAACUAAUUCCUCUCUUAUAAAAUCCUCUCUCAGAAUUCUCUUUUAAGGAAGAGAUGUUCACCCGAAUUUUAUUGAAAAAUAAAAAAUUGGCCGUAAUUCCAUCACUCCGAUAGAAAGAUGAAUUUAAUCAGCUGAUUCGGAUUACGGAGCUCAAAAUGCAUAAGAAGACAUCGUAAUACUGCCAGAAAUUUUUUUAAUUUUUUAGCCCAAAAUCAAAAAAAAUCUAAGGCUAUAGUCAUGAUUAACAAUAAAUGACAUCAAAGCAUUGAGAAUAUUUUGAAUGAGCGAAAUGACGCAACGACAGAUGUGGCACGCGCGAAGUCCGCGCGUGUAAUGCCGGUCCAACAAUAUCUUAUAAGGGUUGUGAUCACAGAUUGUUUCGACACGAGAUGGCAGUAGUUUGGAAUCGAAAAAUUCUC